AUGCAUCACCAUCAUCAUCGUGGGCAUUUUUCGGCUGCUAUCCACUGGGCCCACCAUCAGGAGCAGCAGCAGCAGUUGCAGAUUCAACAUGAUGAUGUCCAACGAUACAAAGGACUUUUUGAAGAGACAUCAGUGAGAAAUGGAGAACUGAAAGCUACUGUCAACUUGAAUCGAUUAGAACUGGAUGCCAAGGAUAGGGUCAUAGCAGAGAAGGAUCGUAUGAUAGAGGGACAAAGAAGAAGAAUCGAAGCUCUUGAAGGACGUCAACACAACGAAACGGACGUUUUUAUUUUGAGAGAAAUUCGGAGACAAGCGGCUGGUGAAGCGGCCGGCGGACCAAGAUCAGGCUCCCCACCGGGCUCUCCAAUGCUGCCAGCGUUUCUUUAUGAGCCCUCUACUCCACGCGGUGCUUCACGCGCUGCUCCACCCGCUCCUCAAGCUGCCGUCCCACGCGCUGAAGACGCUGCUGCAGUCGCUCAUCAAGAUGUCGUCCCACAAAACCGCAGAAUCAAGAGAGAAUUGGCAGAUCAGGAGGAAAAGGAGGUGGUCCUCACUCGUCAUCGAGAACCACCCCGUCAUCGAGAACCAACGAUGCGUUUGAGAGAACGGUCCAGCAAUGGAUGCAAUGGGAGCAUCGAGAGGAAGAAAUUGAAGACAUCUGGGCGUCUUUCUCUUCAAUCCAGAGGAGCGCAGUUACAUCCCCCAGCAAAAGAGGAAGGCGGCGAGGAAUAUGGACUUGUUCAAAAUAAUGCACAAAAUUCGCAAGCCCAAUUUCCAUAUGAAUCUGGCCGAAGUGUGGCAAAAUGUCACACAACACGAGAGAAAGGUCUGGAGCGAACGGUGCGCCAGAGUGAAACAGCUCCAGAAGGAGCAAAUCCAAAAGGGGUGGAUUUUUGCACAAAACGUGCAUAA